CUGACAGUCAGCUGAUUUGUUUUUACUGAGGAAGGUAUCGUUACAUUAUCCACCUUUACCCCCGUCUUUCUUUCACAAAACCUCUCUUCACUUUUUUUCUCUGGUAUGGAUGAGACAAGUCCGUUGGUCUCCCCGUUAAGGGACUCCAACGACUUCAGCUACUAUCCCACCGAGCCCGCUAGUCCCCGAGGCGUAUUUGGAGGCACGCCGGGCUCAGUGGUUCGCAUCCCGGCUGGGAGUCCGGAACGCAACCGUGAGAGACAGCCGUUGUUGGACCGGGACCGAGGAAGUUCCCCGCGGGAUGCUCAUAGAAACGACUUCCCGGAGGAUCCCGAGUUCCGAGAAAUCAUCAGGAAGGCGGAGCGCGCUAUAGAUGAAGGGAUCUACCCGGAGAGAAUAUACCAGGGAUCCAGCGGCAGUUACUUUGUUAAAGAUUCACAGGGGAAGAUCAUCGGUGUCUUCAAGCCGAAGAACGAGGAGCCGUACGGUCAGUUGAACCCAAAGUGGACCAAGUGGCUCCAGAAGCUGUGCUGUCCCUGCUGUUUCGGCCGGGACUGUCUGGUGCUGAACCAGGGCUACCUGUCCGAGGCCGGCGCCAGUCUGGUGGACCAGAAACUGGAGCUCAACAUUGUGCCCCGGACCAAGGUGGUGUACCUGUCCAGCGAGUCAUUCAACUACAGCGCUAUAGACCGGGUCAAGUCCCGGGGAAAGAAGCUGGCCCUGGAGAAGGUGCCCAAAGUGGGACAGCACUUCCACCGGAUCGGCCUACCUCCCAAGUUGGGCUCCUUCCAGAUCUUCGUGGAAGGCUUCAAGGAUGCGGAUUUCUGGCUGCGGAGGUUUGAAGCCGAGCCCCUCCCGGAGAACACGAACCGACAGCUCCAGCUGCAGUUCGAGAGGCUGGUGGUGCUCGACUACAUCAUCAGGAACACCGAUCGGGGGAACGAUAACUGGCUGUUAAAAUACGACUGUCCCAUGGACCAGGGGAAUAGGGACUCUGAUUGGGUGGUGGUAAAGGAUCCUGUUAUCCAGUUGGCUGCCAUUGACAACGGAUUGGCCUUUCCUCUCAAACACCCUGACUCCUGGAGAGCAUACCCAUUCUACUGGGCUUGGCUGUCCCAGGCCAAAGUGCCCUUCUCCCAGGAGAUCAGGGAGCUGGUUCUGCCCAAACUGGCCGACCCAAACUUCACCAAAGACCUGGAGGAAGAUCUGUAUGAACUGUUUAAGAAAGAUCCAGGCUUCGACAGGGGACAGUUCCACAAGCAGAUAGCUGUCCUAAGAGGACAGAUUCUGAACCUCAGUCAGGCUCUGAAGGACGGCAAGACCCCCCUCCAGCUGGUCCAGAUGCCUCCGGUCAUUGUGGAGACGGCCAGAGCACCGCAGAGAGCCAACAGUGAGUCCUACACACAGUCCUUCCAGAGCAGGAGACCCUUCUUCACCUGGUGGUAGGGAGGAGGAGGAGGAGGACCGGGCGGGGGGAGGCAAACUUCCAAACAAGAUGGGGGAGGAGUGACCCCCCCCCCCCCCCCUUUACCCAAUGGACACUGGCGGUGUUGAGAAGUUGUGAAGAAUGAAAGGAGUGAGGAUGGAAGAAUGAGGAGGAAGAGCGAGGACGUGGAAAAGGCAUAUCCCUCAGUUUGCGUUUGUGCCUUGUGUGGACGUCUACGACCAAAACGACAACGAUGAGGAAUAAACCAUCAUUUGGACUCUUUAAGUUUCCGACUGGCCCCAUUCCAACCGGCUGCCUAUUCACUAUAGUGCAGGGCUUAGGGCUCCAAUCUAGCGCACUAUAUUGUAGAGUAAGGAGUUCAGUGGAAUGCAGCCACUUCAGUUAAACACCUCUGUCUCGCUCUGUGUGUGUGUGUGUGUGUUUGUGGGAGAGAGGCGUCACCUUCCUCAGAACCCUGAGCCUGUGGUCAACAACCACGCAGACCUGUCGUUUUCAUAGCCUUCUGCUGCCCCCUGUCUCUUCGGAGGAGGAACUGCAAGGCCCCUGUGGCAUUUUGGAGUUUCUGUGGGCAGCCUUCUGAGAAACGGUACUACAAUUUUCCCUUCGUCUGGGGAUAAACGACCUGCAUAUUCUCUUUAAAAUGAAGAUUUUGGAAAGCGUGGAUGCCCUCUCUCUCUGCCAUUCGGUUGUCAAAUUAGUUACAAAUGUUUCUCACUGUUUUGGUCUACUUGAUUUCUGUUCAUUUCUGUUUUGUUAUUUGUGAAACAUAUAGGAGAAAGACAGACACUUAUUAUUUUUUAUUAAAACCAGACCAAUAUGACAAACUGCUGUUAUCAUAUUCUAACUGACCUGAAAUGUAUUGUGACAAUGCACUGUAUAAUUUGUAUGUAAUAUAUUUAAUGAAAGACUAUAACAAAACUG